AACCAUCGCUGUCACAUAGCGUAAGAUGAUGACACAUAUAUCAUGAGCGAGUCAAAACACUGCAGAAACAAAUAUCGUAAUUCAAUGUAAUCUGUGAAUUUGGUGCAAAAUUUUGGUGGUUUCUUAGUUUCUUCCCUUACUGUAGUGCAUGAUUAGGUAAUUUCUGGCGAUAUCGACAUUAGAAUGCUGCGAAUGAUUCGUAAUCCACUGCUAGGCCAACGCUUCAUCAGGAAAACCUUCUCAUUCUCGGCCGUCGCCAACAAGCAAUUCGUCAUAAAGGACCACUAUGAAUUCGACCAGAAGGUCAUCAACAGUGACAAUCCCGUGAUCGUGAACUUCCACGCGGAGUGGUGCGAUCCGUGCAAGAUACUGACGCCUCAAAUGACCAAAAUGCUGGAACCAUCGGAGGAAAUCGACCUAGCCAUAGUAAACGUGGACGACAAUGCCGAACUAGUGCAAACUUUCGAGGUGAAAGCAGUGCCCGCAGUGUUAGCAUUCCGGAACGGGGUCGUGGUGGACAAAUUCAUCGGGCUGGUGGACGCCAACAUGAUCGAGAGCCUGAUAGGGAAACUCGCCCGGAAAAAGCAACAGUAACGACCCAGCAGAGAACGCGGGGUGAAAUGGGACCUCUGCUAGCGAGAAAACCGUGACCAAAGGCGGUUGGACAGGGAACAAGCUGUGCUGGGGUGGACGAUUCACAGGACAGGAAAGACACCAAUUGUGUGAUGCUAUUUAUGUACAAUAAAUUGAUGGCAAUGCGAACCAUUGUGCUAAACUUUAAUUCGUUACCACUAAUAUGUCAAUAAAUCUAGGAUAUUACGAUGAA